CACCAUUUCCUCCUUCCUCUUUAAAUACGGAGUUUACCAGACACGUUUUCAUUCUACGAUUCGGUUUCGGAGGAGAGCAAGCAAAAAAAAAAAAAAAAACCAAAAACCCAAAACCGACUCUGCAAUGGCCAAGAAGAAGAACAAGAACAAGAGCAACCAGAACCAGAACCCAAACCAGAACCAGAAGGCCAAUGAGGCCGAGGCCAAGAGCGAGGAGGUGGUGAUCGAGAAGGUGGUGGCGGCGGAGGAGAAGAAGGACAAUGGCGGAGGAGAGAAGAAAAACAAGGACUCGAAUUCUCUCACGUCGGUUUACAAGAUCGACAUGCAUUGCGAAGGCUGCGCCACCAAGAUUAAGCGAUGCGUCAAAGAUUUCCAAGGCGUGGAGGAUGUAAAGACGGAGAUGGCGCUGAACAAGCUGACGGUGGUCGGAAAAGUGGACCCCACGAAACUGAGAGACAAGCUGUCUGAGAAAACGAAGAAGAAUGUGGAGCUUGUCUCUCCUCUGCCUCCUAAGAAAGACAACAAAGCCGCCGCCGACGACAGCAAACCUGAGAAGAAAGCCGAGGACAAAAAACCCAAAGAGGCUCCGGUGACGACGGCGGUUUUGAAGCUGUCACUGCACUGCCAGGGGUGCAUUGGGAAGAUUAACAGAUUAGUCUUGAAGACCAAAGGUGUGCAAGAAAUGACACUGGACAGAGAGAAGGAAUUGGUGAUUGUGAAGGGUACUAUGGAUGCAAAGGCUUUAGCUGAAAGCUUGAGGGAGAGGCUCAAGAGGUCAGUGGAAGUUGUGCCCCCAAAGAAAGAGAAAGAAGGCGGUGGUGGUGACGGUGACAAGAAGGAUGGCGGCGGUGGAAAGAAGAAGGGUGGAGGGGAUGGUGGGAAAGAGCAAGGUGGUGGUGGUGGUGGCGGUGGCGGCGGCGGCGGUAAUGUAAUGAUGGAGAAUAGAAUGGAGGUUUUGGGACAUCCUGGGUUUGGAUAUUAUGAAAAUGGAUACGGGUAUGGUAGCGGGUUUGUUAAUGGGUAUGGGCAUGCUAAUGGGAGUGAGUAUGGAUAUGGGCACGGAUAUGGAGGACCCAUGGGUGGACCUAUGGGUGGACCCAUGGGCGUACCCGUGGGCGGACCCGUGGGCGUACCUGUGGGUGGGCACUUGCAACACGCACCAACUAUGUUCAGUGAUGAAAACCCAAAUGCUUGCUCUAUCAUGUGAAGGAAUGAAGGGAAAAUAGUUUUUGAAGGCCAUGGAUAUUACUGCUACUAAGUUUCAGAAGACAGAUUUUGAGAUAUACCACUAUGAAAGAGAAAUGUAAAUAAGAGAUUAGAAGAAUAGUGGGUGAUGGCUUUAAAAAUUUGUUUUUAUUUUUAUUUUUCUGUACCAAUACCUAGUUGGUUUAUAGAAGUACUUUCUUACUUAUUAUUAAAUUUCAGGAUUUGUUUUGUUGUUAA